UGUUCAUGAAAUAACAGUUCCGAGAAACGAGAACAUUUACGAUGGACUUGCACACAUGACCUUGUGGUUGUCAGCGUCGCUCUCUGGAAGACUUUGAGCAAGAGUGCUAUAUAAGUGACUCCCGCUGGCGCUGCCUUCACACGCCUCACACCGCUGGCGCAGUCUUCACCACACGCCUCACACCGCCACAACAACAUUAUGCAUCUGACUAGCAUUGUUGGUGUGUUUGCCUGUGUGGCAACAGUGGUGGCCCAGUACUACCCCGACAACACUUACCUGUACCCCGAGAAGAGCCAAGUUACAAACAAGGGGUACCAGCAGUACCAAGCCCCGGGGGUCCUGGAGCCAGGCUACGGACAAUCCGGCUCAAACGACAGAAACGUGGCCGCCAUUCUCCAGGAAGUGGGUGACUUCUUCAAGCUGGUGGGGAAUGGUCGCUCUGACGACCCAGAACGAAACAGCCAGGUGAUGUCGGCGUUCGUGCCGUUUACCCGCAAGAUUCUGGAGGCUGCAGCUGGAGUUGAUGGCGCCAACGUCAGCAAAGAGAACCUGAAGAAGCUAAAUGAUGCCGAGGCUGUCAUGCCCUCCGUCUUCACUUUCUUAGACAGUCUGAGGAGCAUUAAUUAUGGAAACAACAAAGAUUAUCAGCAAAGUUAUGGUCAAUAAUAAACAAGAACUGUCAACUAAAGUCUAACCUUCCGUUAAUAUAAUUAUGUUUAUUGAUACAGAAAUCAUAAAAUUUAUCAGAAACUUCUAGUGGACGAUAUUUCAUGGUUAUUCACACUCGAACAAAAAAAAAAUAACUAAUUAUUAUUAGCUACA